GUCUGCUUUCCAACACUUUCACUUAUCAACCGCGCAUUGGCUCUGUUCUCCAGUCAACUUAGCGCGACGCAAUAAUUUUGUAAAAUUCCGUAUUUUGUUACUAUCAAGUCAAGUUCAACGGUCUGAUAAACCAACCGCGCUAAUCUAGAAUUAGGUCAAAUGUCACUAAAUUUCUGGUAGUGUGUCAAACGUGCAGUAUUUUUCAGUCAAACUCACAAGUCGAUCGACACCAUCAUAACACAUUUACGGAAACCCAACAAGCCCAAAAUUCUCAGUUUUGUGGAACUUACAGAUGUAUCUGGGACGCGUUUGAUAUAAAAAUUCUUUACUGGAUAACAAUUUUUUGAAGUAAUAUGAGCUGUUACGAAGGAGAAAAGAUAAACUUGGACGAACCGAGAUAUGAUCAAGACACAUAUAUUGGUAGAGCUAGACAUUUUUUUGAAAUCACAAAUCCAUUGAAUUUGUUUGUAUCAUAUAGGCAGUUAGAAGAAGCGCGGUGUCUAGUAACAAAAUAUAAGUGUGGUGAAUCCCUACCGGUCGAAGUGACAACAGACCAACUAUGGCGCGCAAAAACCUUAUACGAUUCUGCAUUUCACCCAGAUACUGGAGAAAAAAUGCCUCUCGUAGGCAGAAUGUCAGCUCAGGUACCAAUGAAUUUACUAAUAACAGGAGGUAUGAUUACGUUCUAUAAAAGUACUCCAGCGGUGGUGUUUUGGCAAUGGUUAAAUCAGUCAUUCAAUGCUUUAGUCAAUUAUACAAACAGAAGCGGCGAUGUGCAACAGACAAAUAAGCAAAUCUUUACAUCGUAUGUUUUGGCAACUAGCGGUGCUGUAGGAACGGCUUUGACUUUGAAUAGCUUAGUAAAGUCCAUGCCCCCUUUAAUUGGUCGUAUGGUACCUUUCGCAGCAGUAGCAGCAGCCAAUUGUAUCAACAUUCCACUGAUGAGAGCCCAAGAGCUUAAACAUGGUACUCCAAUUUUUGAUGAUAAAAAUAACAAAUUAGGCUACUCCAAAGCUGCAGCCCAAAGCGGAAUUGCUCAGGUAGUUCUUAGUCGAAUCUGUAUGGCACUACCAGGAAUGGUGAUAACACCAAUGGUAAUGGACUAUCUUGAAAAACGAGGGACUUUGUGUAGAUAUCCUUGGUUAACAUUGCCGGCCACAUUAGGAACUCUAGGGCUGUGUUUGACUUUUGCUACGCCGCUGGCUUGUGCGUUCUUCAAGCAAAGGGCAUCCAUUUCUUUCAAACACUUGGAACCAGAAGUACAGUGUAGUCUAUGCAAGCGAUUUUCUGGUUAUCCGCCAAAAUAUGUAUACUACGAUAGAGGCUUAUAUCGUCCAUAACAUUACCAUACCAUCCUGUCCACGACCUAUCCUGCACCCAAGUCCUAUCCUGUAUCAAAGAAGAUGAAUGAUUGAAAUAAAGAAGAAGUACGAUGAAGUUCCUUCGACGGUUUACUUCAACAAAGGACUCUAAAUACUGAAUAUAGUCAGCGAAGCUUCAGCUUGUUUUAAAGCACAUCUUUAUAGUGUCAUGAGUAAUAGUUUGUUCAGUUAAAAAAGCAUAACUGACAGUUUAUUGUAACUCUCAUGAAAAGUCCAUCCGAACCGUUUCUGUUAAUAAACGUAAUCUGUACCAGCGUAGCUUUAUUGUUGUUGAAACUUGGAUGAUAAUGAAGUAGGUGUUAUACACAAUUUUGCUAUUAUUCAUUUUUUUAUGCGGUAUAGUGUUUCAGUAUGAAAUGUUACAAGACUAACGUCAACUACUACUAUUCAAUGGCAGAUUCAAAAGUUGCCGCUUUUGUUCUCAUGUGAAACUUUUCCAAUACAAAUGCUUGAUGAAUAUACGUGUAUUUAUUUUAAUGUAUUUUAUUUGGCAUAUUAGCAAUAACAAUUCCGUAAACACUAACUAUAUUUGUUCAUUUCAAUGUUAUUUAUUCGUGUCGGCAUGUAGUUGUUGGUGUAUAUAGGAACGGUCUUCCUGGCAAAUUUUUUCUGACAGUCUCGACAAAUGACAAUUCAAAACCGAUUUACUGAUAUUAUCCUUUGUCGGAAAUCUGUCAUUGAAAAUGGCACAAAUAUAAAAAAUUUGACAAUAUCAAAUUUUAAAGAUAUAUGUUUUAUAAAUCAGCGUGAAUAAAGCAAAUAUUAAACAAAAAACUUAUUUUAUUUCUCCAUUCCUUAACAGAAUAUUUUCAACACAUACAGAGUUAAGCAACGAAAGCUUGCAUUGAAUCAUCAGGGAAGUACUUGGGCUGUACGGCC